AUGCCGCAGCACGAACAUAUGGAACGCCACGCCAAGCUUCACGGCCGUCGGUUCGACGCCGAGGAGCGUGAGCGCAAAAAGGAAGCGCGUAUGGUGCACAAGCGCUCCGAAUUUGCCCAAAAAGUACACGGUAUUCGGGCGAAACUCUACCAAAAGAAGCGGUUCAAGGAAAAGGCCACCAUGCGCAAAACGAUCGCGAUGCACAACGAACGCAACAACAAACACGCGGACGACGAUGCCGUCGCCGAUGGGGCCGUACCGGCCUAUUUGUUAGACCGUCAAGGUGUCUCCCGUGCCAAGGUUUUGUCGAAUACGAUUAAGCAAAAGCGGAAAGAAAAGGCCGGAAAAUGGGAAGUGCCCAUUCCCAAGGUCAAGCCGGUAGCCGAUGACGAAAUGUUCAAAGUCAUGCGGACCGGUAAGAAACAGAACAAGGCGUGGAAGCGUGUGGUUACCAAAUGCACCUUUGUAGGAGACUCUUUUACCCGGAAAGCUCCCAAAUACGAACGCUUUAUUCGACCCAGCGGGUUGCGAAUGCGCAAAGCCAACGUCACACAUCCCGAACUCAAAACAACGUUUCAACUGGACAUUCUCGGAGUCAAGAAAAAUCCCAGCAGUCAAAUAUAUACAAAUUUGGGAGUACUUACGAAAGGAACAAUCUUGGAAGUCAACGUUAGUGAAUUGGGUUUGGUCACCACUACGGGUAAAGUGGCUUGGGGAAAGAUGGCACAGGUUACCAACAACCCCGAACUAGACGGUUGCGUCAAUGCCGUUUUGUUAGUGUAA